AUGGGGCAAGCUGUUUUCCAGGAACUGUUUGCUCGGCUGUUGACUCCGGUUGCGAUUUAUGCGGUAGUUUGCUCAUCCUUCGUAAGCUUUGCGCAAGGACAGUACACGGGCUGCGAUUACUACCAGCAAGUUGCCUCGGGUCAGACAUACGCUGUCUUCUCGCCUAAUUAUGGAAACCUCUAUCCAGCCAACACGUACUGCCGCUGGACGUUGGUUACCACUCCCGGGUCGAGGAUUGCUCUGUCUUGUCCCGACGUCUACAUUCCACAGAGCACAUCCUGUUACUACGAUAAAUUACUGAUCUCCGCCGGGGGCAAAACCGACCUGUCUGAUGCGAAAGCUUACUGUGGAACCGGAACGAUAACAACGGAGUCGACCGGCAGUGGUAUGGUUAUCACACUUGAAGCAGGAGCUACCAGCUACGGGGGAAGGUUUUACUGUACGGCUAAGAAAAUCGAUUGUCAGUGCGGCAUGAGGCGUAAGAAAAAGAUCGUUGGCGGAACAGAAACGCUUGUGAACGAGUUUCCGAUGAUGGCUGCCCUAGAUGACACCGCAGCGAACAAUGGAUUUUUAUGCGGGGCUACAAUAAUAACGCCCUAUCACACAAUCACUGCCGCCCACUGCCCGGUCGGUCACAGCAUCUCGAACUUGGUGGUGCAAGUUGGUGACCACGAUGUCGCAUCCGCAACGGAAACACCAUACACGGCAACCUAUCGUGUGGCAUCCAUCAAGAUUCACGAAUCGUACAAUGCGACCACCAGCUUGAAUGAUCUCGCAAUCAUUCGAACGCAAACUCAGAUGAUCUUCAACACUGGCGUCAGCCCCGUUUGUCUACCGUUCAAGUACUAUCAGUCCACGUUCGUCGGAAUGGAGCUGGAAGCCGUUGGUUGGGGAUCUACCGAUUUCGGAGAUGCCAAGUCGAAGGUACUGCUGAAGGUCGACCUUCCCGUAAUCGAUCCGGGCAAAUGCUUCCAAACUUAUAAAAACUUUGCAGCCACGCAAAUCUGUACCUUGGCGGUGGGGAAAGAUACGUGCCAAGGUGACUCGGGCGGGCCGUUAUUCUACACGGAUUACUACAAUGGGCUGGUCUAUUUGGUGGGUGUCGUCAGCUACGGUAUGGCCUGUGCAACAAACGACCCGAGUGUAAGCACCCGAGUAACUGAUUACUUAAAUUGGAUCAUGCAAAACACUCCUGAAUGGACGUAUUGUUACCAGUGA